ACCAUCUAGUUUUGCAUGGACUUUGACUCACCGCUAUGUAAUACAUCUGCCAGUUCCACCAAAUGAGCUUUAGGCACGCAAAGUUAGUUCCCUGCGAGUCGUUGGCUGAAAAGGUAUUUGCUGAGCAACAUUUUUGAGCAUCCCCACGAAGGAAAUCCCUGUGAGAAAUGGAGUACAAGCACUUGCGCGUCAAUUCCGAGCGUCCCUUUGUCUUCCGGCUGGAUCUGGAUAACGAAGUGGCCAACAAUACGAUGACUGAUAGCCUCUAUCACUCCAUCUACAAGUGCAUCACGGCAUUGGGGCGCAACAAUGAAUGCCGUGCCAUUGUGAUCUCCAGCUUGGGGAAGGAUUUCUGCACGGGGAUCGAUUUGGACAAUCUGGGGCAGUUCAAUACGGAUCUGGCCAGCAUUGAGGAUAUCUCCCGACGCGGGAGGAGCGUUGAGUCACGCAUAUCGACCAUUCAGCGUGCCUUUGUUGCCAUAGAGAGGUGCAAGAAGCCCGUUAUUGCCAUCAUUCACGGGGCAUGCGUUGGCCCCGGAAUGGGACUCAUCACGGCGUGUGAUAUGCGCUACUGCAGCACUGAUGCGUGGUUCCAGGUGAAGGAUGUCGAACUGGGAAUGGCGGCGGAUUCGGGGACCCUUCAGCGCCUCCCGAAGGUCGUUGGGAAUACGAGUUUUGCGCGCGAAAUGUGCUUCACUGCGAGGCGCGUGGAUGCCGAGGAGGCCCUUCGGUUUGGUCUUGUGAACCGCAUCUUCGAAUCCCGCCAGCAGAUGCUCAACUACGCCAUCGACAAGGCGGAACUCAUUGCCCACCUCAGCCCUGUUGCCAUUCAAACCACCAAGACCAGCAUCCUCUACUCCCAGGGGCAUACAAUACAGGAAGGACUCGAUCACAUUGUGAGUAUCCUCCUCCUCAUUGGCUCCUCUGCAAUCUUUCUUUGUUCUUCAUCUCAAACAUUUUGUUUUUUUGUUCUUUUCAGCGUGAUCGGAAUGCUUUGGCACGUCAGAGUGAGGACUUCCACAUCUCCAUGGGACCAGCUAUGACGGGAUCUGAACGUCCUGCCUAUGCUAGAUACUGAGAGACUUCUGCUCUGAGAUUUCCAGGAGGUCAGGAGCCAAUUAAAUGAUGCGUAUUCAGUUGCUGUAAGGAGGGGGAAUUUGUGAAUAAAUUUUUGAAUGAGAAAUUAAAUAAAA